AUGGCGUCCGUAUACCAGCAAGCCUCGAAGGCGGCCAAGGGCAAGCGCAAGGCCGAUGGCCACGACGACGACGGCGCAACGGCGGCGCCCAUCCGCAGGAACAAGCAGCGGGUGCUCAUGUUGCCCUCGAGAGGCGUCACGUCGCGCAUGCGCCACCUCAUCAACGACCUCGAGUCGCUCAUGCCACAUACCAAGAAGGACAGCAAGUUCGACUCCAAGUCGCAGCUGCACAUGCUCAACGAGCUCGCCGAGCUUAACAACUGCAACAACGCGCUCUACUUUGAGGCACGGAAGCGCGAGGACCUGUACAUGUGGGCAUCCAAGACGCCCAACGGACCGUCGGCCAAGUUCCAGGUGCAGAACAUUCACACCAUGGACGAGCUCAAGAUGACCGGCAACUGCCUCAAGGGAUCGCGCCCUAUUCUCAGUUUCGACAAGGAGUUCGACGAGAAGCCGCACUGGACGCUCAUCAAGGAGAUGUUCACGCAGAUGUUUGGCGUGCCCCGCGGCGCGCGCAAGUCCAAGCCGUUUGUCGACCACGUCAUCUCCUUCUCGAUCCUCGACAACAAGGUGUGGUUCCGCAACUACCAGAUUGUCGAGUCGGAUCCAGGCGCCACCGCGAUCGCCCAGGUCGAAGAGGCACAGAAGGGCGACGGCAAGAAGGGUGGCAGCAAGAAGGAGACCAACAAGCAGCCCAAGCUGGUCGAGAUCGGUCCUCGCAUGGUGCUCUCGCCCAUCCGCGUGUUCGAGGGCAGCUUCGGCGGCGCCACCGUGUUCGAGAACCCAGAGUACAUUUCGCCCAACGCCAUCCGCCACAUGGUGCGCAAGCAGAAGGGCAACAGGUACACCGACCGUGUCAACCAGCAGGAGUCGUUCCGCACCAAGAAGGACCGCCUCAAGCCGCAGGAGGACGCUCUCAGUCGCAACAAGGUGUUCGCCUGA